AUGACCUUGAGCAACUUGAGCCAAUGUGCCGCAGUACGGUUUGGUGUGCUGAUAACUGACUCACACACGCGAGCAGUGGCAAGCAAGACCGCUCUUAGCUUGACAGCUCCUUGCUGCACGUUAACAUUAGACAAUGGGGGUGGCACUCAGUCCGGAGCCAUCUACCUCAUCACGCCCAUUCGCGACAAGAUGCUCAGUCGUUUCCGCAUCGUGGAGAAGAACUUGGUGCAGUGUGUGGGUACAGUGGCAGGUCUUGUGCCGCGAUUCUGCAGUUCGACCGUUGGUUUUAACGAGGUGACGCACGACAGCGAGGUGAAUAUAAGAGUUACAGGAAGCAGUUCAGAAGAGGAAGAAGAUGCGACCACUGGAACAAGAGCUUUAUUGUCCUGA